AUGGGACACCGGAAGAUAGGCGGCCUGAGGAAGACAUGCGUGACCAUGGACCAGGAACGCCCGCGCUCUGAUCUCAGCAUCAACAGCCGGAACAGCCUCCGCAAGGUUUUGCACCUGGAAUUUCUCUACAGGGAGAACAAGGCAAAGGAAAAUCCUCUAAAAACAAACCUUGAACUCAUUACCAGAUACUUUCUGGAUCACUUUGAAAAUACUGCUAACAAUUUCACUCAAGAAACGCCAAUGCCUGCACUUUCACUUCCAAAGAAAAGUAACAAAUUACCGUUGAGAUGCUCAGAGACCACGCUGGUAAAUAUAUAUGACCUUGCAGAUGAAGAUGGGGCAUGGAGAACAUCACUGUCAGAAACGAGCAAAGCCAGGCACGACCACCUUGAUGGGGAUAUACUUGGUAAUUUUGUAUCAUCCAAAAGGCCCCCCAACAGAAGUAAGCCGGCGCAGACUGUCCCGGCCGAAAGCCCGCCUGUGGCCCCUGCGUGGGAGAAGACGGACAAGGUCCAGUCGUCAGAGCCGCACUCGGACACGAAGAGGGUGGGAGAGAAGAUCAGGUGCAAGUCUGGCCUGAUUGUCCGGGGCAUGAUGGCCGGGCCCACCGCCAGCUCCCCACAGGAGUCCCUCCACAAGCGCUCCCUGAGGCGGCCCCUGGCCCUGAGCAGCGUGACCCAGCCCCACCAGGAGGAGGAGGGCCGGAAAGCCCCCGAGCUGCCCACCUGCCCCCCGGCCUGUCCCACCCCGCCGGAGGGCCUGGCUUCCAGCGCUGGCUCCAUCUCUAGGGGCCCCCUGGGCCAGCUCAGCGAGCCCCCCGCAGAAAAGCACAGGCCCACGGCCAGCAGCCCUCCCCGCUUGCCCAGCCCAGGGCUGCUGCAGAGGGGGGGCGGCAGGUGGAGAGGCCUUUCGGAGGACAGCCCAGCCGUGGACGGUGGCCCAGAGGCCGACAGGACACCUCUGAAAUUCUCCUUGCCAGGGGGGAACGCCAGGACGACCCAGGAGAGGCUGGAGAGAGCGUUCAAAAGGCAGGGAAACCAGCCUCUGCCCGUAAGGAAAACUCAGUUGCCAGUGUCCAGCACAGCUGACGGUGAGCUGGGUGCCCUGCAGCUUGAGGAUGUGGAAGAUGAAUCGAUGCGUGAGGAAGCCAUUCUCUCUCCGGUCCCAUCAGCACUCAAGCUGCAAACAGUGUCAAUGCCAAUCGACCUCUCAGUGGCAAAGGACAUAAAGACCCUUCUGUUCGGUUCCAGUUUUUGCUGUUUCAAUGAAGAAUGGAAACUUCAGAGUUUUUCGUUUAAUGACACAACCCCGUUGAAAUAUGGCAUUGUGCAGAACAAGGGUGGUCCCUGUGGGGUUCUGGCGGUUGUCCAAGCCUGUGUCCUACAGAAGCUCCUAUUUGAAGGAGACAGCGGAGCUGACUGCGCUCUGCAGCUGCAACCCUCGAGCGCCCACAGGACCCACUGCCUGGGCCUGGCCAUCGCGGACAUUUUGUGGCGGGCUGGGGGCCACGAGAGAGCCGUGGUCGCACUGGCUUCGGGAACACAGCAGUUCAUUCCAACAGGGAAAUACAAAGCAGAUGGAGUCUUAGAAACACUCAUACUCCACAGUUUGACCUGCUAUGAGGAGCUGGUGACUUUCCUUCAACAAAACAUCCAUCAGUUUGAAGUAGGCCCCUUUGGAUGCAUCCUGCUCACCCUGUCUGCCAUCCUGUCCCGGUCCACAGAGCUCAUCCGCCAGGACUUCGACGUCCCUACCAGCCACCUGAUUGGAGCGCACAGCUACUGUACACAGGAACUUGUCAAUCUGCUCCUGACCGGGAGAGCCGUGUCCAAUGUUUUCAACGACGUGCUGGAGCUGGACUCAGGGAACGGGAACAUCACGCUCCUCAAAGGCAUUGCCGCUCGCAGCGACAUUGGCUUCCUGUCUCUCUUUGAGCACUACAACGUGUGCCAGGUCGGCUGCUUCCUGAAGACCCCGCGGGUCCCCAUCUGGGUGGUGUGCAGCGAGAGCCACUUCAGCGUGCUGUUCAGCCUGCAGCCCGAGCUCCUGCGCGACUGGAGGACCGAGAGGCUCUUCGACCUCUACUACUACGACGGCCUGGCCAACCAGCAGGAGCCCAUUCGGCUGACUGUCGACACCACCCAAACUGUUCCUGAGCAUGGAGAUGGAGACCUCAUCCCGCCCCUCGAGCUCUGCAUCAGGACCAAGUGGAAGGGGGCAUCCGUUAACUGGAAUGGCUCAGACCCAAUCCUGUGAGCCUUCAUGUGGGUGAAUCCUAUGUCUCCACUCAUCACACGGGUGACAGCUGAGCCCUAGGCCUCAGGGACCAGUCUCUCAGAAGGGUGUCACCCCCACCUGCGCCAGCACUGCUGCAGAAACAUCCAGAACCUCCCUGUCCUUUCCAUGAAGGGCCUGCCCUGGACUGUGAUGAGGGCCCGUGGUGCUGCUGCUGUGUGGCUCCCUCCCAGUGGAGCUGUGAUGCCAAGUCAGGAAGAAGGCCAGCUGCUGGCCCUUGGCUACCUUUCGCCUGCAUCCCUCACUCCCUGCUGGACCACCCCUUGCCAAGCCUGUGAUAUGGUCAGCCCGGGACCCUGGGUGCUCGUUCUGUCUGGUAGUUCGCUUUCUAUAAAACAGGAGUGAAACCCA